CACGUUGACUUGUCAUCACUCGUCGAAAAAUCAAAAUGCCCGUGUAAAUGAAAUGAGUGACACUCACGUGACAAAACUAUUUCAAAUAUGUGAAUGUUAAAGAAGUUUGUAGCCAGGCCAUUACAUUUCGUCGGUUUGAUGGGUUACUUUAAAGCCUCACCGAACUCGCUGCAAGUUACAACAACACAAGUGAAAUGUCAACUGGACGCUGAAAACCUUUUAGAUCAUGGCCAAACACGUCAUUUCGAGGUCGUCCGUUUUCAGAGAAAAAUUCACAUUUGGUACCAAAGAUGUAACAAAGUGGUUCCCUGGCCAUAUGAACAAAGGCAAGAAGUAUGAAACAGAUAGAGAUGAUGUUAAAGAAUGUGGACUGUGUUGUUGAAGUCCAUGAUGCUCGGAUACCAUUUUCUGGACGUAAUCCCAACUUCCGUAAUGCGCUGAUGCUGCGCCCGCACCUGCUGGUACUAAACAAGGUGGAUUUGGCAGAUAUGACUCGGCAGGACAAGGUAGAAGAGCUGCUCCAGCAACAAGGAGUUAACUCAGUAGUCUACACAAACUGCAAGGAGCAAACUAACACCGUUGUCAAGAAGAAGCUGAUACCAAAGAUAAAGGACCUAAUUGGCUCUAGGUCCCGUUACCACAGAGAAGAGUCACUGGAGUAUAACUUGCUGAUUAUUGGGAUACCAAAUGUGGGCAAGUCAUCACUGAUCAAUUCCCUCAGGAGGACUCACCUCAAGAAGGGAAAAGCAACCAGAGUUGGGGGAAUAGCAGGGAUAACCAGGAGUGUUCUGGAAAGAAUAAAGGUGUGUGAAGAGCCGGCCAUGUACCUGUAUGAUACACCUGGUAUCCUGGCCCCAAAUGUACAGAAUGUGGAGGUGGGCAUGAAGCUAGCACUCAGUGCUGCUUUACAGGACCAUCUAGUUGGAGUGGACAGUAUCGCUGACUACAUGUUGUACACUCUGAACAAAAAGGGAAACUAUAGCUACGUGAAGUAUUUUGGACUGGAAGAUCCGACAGACGACGUUUUGAAAUUGCUGGCCCAUGUUGCCCUCAAAAACAACAAAGCAGUCAAAUUACGAUCCCCAGGAAGUCAAACAGGUUAUGUGUAUCGCCCUCAUUUUGAUGCUGCUGCUGGGAUUGUGCUGAGAGCCUUUCGAGAGGGAAAACUUGGACUGGUAAUGCUGGAUGACGACAUCUUGGAUAGUUCACAGGGCAGAUGAAAAUCAUUACUAUGAGUAGGUGACUGGAGGGGACAAAGGGUAGUGUAGUCAAAAGGUCAGAAGACAGCAGUUACAGAGUAGUCAGAAGACAAAGGUUACAUGAUUACCAGAGGUCAGAGGGCAAAGACUGCAGUGCAGUUAGGGAUUAAAGGAUAAAGGUUGCUGCAUGUAUGUAAUCAGAGGUCAGAAGAUAAAGGUUGCAUCAUGGCUAAAAGUUAAAGGACAAAGGUUGCAUAGUAGCCAGAGGACAAAGGUUGCAGUGCACUCAGAGGUCUAGCUAGCUGCUGCUUAUACUCGAAGACUGUAUUGUGCCAUAGUCUGGCAGGCAUCUUGGCCAAAUAGUGGUUGGAGAGAGUUUGUACCAGGACUAAACAUGGCAAAUUUAUCAUUAACCUGUGAUCAGCAUUUAAGUGACAGAUUCAGUUUCAGAUUAGUUCUAUCUGAAUUCCAGGUACUACAUGCACAGUAAAUCUUUGAAAUGUAUGCAAUUUUAUUUUUGAGUGAACCACUGGUGCAAAGGUGAUGGAAGUUAAUUGGUUAAUAACACCAAUUAGCCAUUAAACGAAACGACAAAAUAUCCUUAACAAGUGCUUCCAGCAUUUCCACAAUUGUUGCGUACA